UUCAACAGCACAGCUAAUCACAGCAAGCAUGUUCAAGCGACUAUUCGGAGAGCACGGCGCAAAGAAUGUCGUGACCCUCUUUCACGCGCCCUCGAACCAGGCAUCCACGCGCGUCCUCACCCUACUCAAGCAAGCCAAUGCGCAGUCUGUCGCACAUGCAACGGAAGACCAGGCCUCCUCUCACCAAGCCCAAAAUAAGGCUGAGCGCACAGAAUUCGAGCUCGAUGUAACGGAAGCCCCACCUACCACCGACCAGCUCAAGAACAUCUUGGACUAUCUAGGCGGACCAAGUGCAGCAAGCAAAGUGAUUAGCGGAGCGCAAAACGAGAAUGAUGCUAUGCGAAGGCUGAAGGCCGAUGGCGCGACAUUCCAAAGGCCGCUAGUUGUGGAUUGGAAUCAAGGGAAAGUUGUCAUGGGUGACAACGAGAGCGAGAUUCUGAAGUUGGUGCGCUCAGUGCCAAAGGAAACAGACAAGGCCUAGAGAGGAGACCAGACUGAACCGAGAACAUGGGAUUAAGUUGUAUCUUUGCCUGAGCAGCAGGGGAGCAACAUCUGGAAGGAACUGUUGCAACCUCAUGACUGCACUGCUCAGCAGCUGGUGCGGCAUGUCUGCAUUUACAGUUGAAAACCGAUUCAUACAUAUGUAUAUGAAGACAUGCCUCUCAAUAGCCUUUCUUGAAAUCUUGCAAGGAGUGAGUGAGUAGCUUU